UUUUCUACUGCUCCUGCAAGAUGAUGACUAUUUGGUGCUGCGCGCUUGGUAUUCUUUGCUGCAUGUGGAACUGUGCCGAGUCAUCAGAUCCAUCCUUCGGCCUCCACCAGGCAAAAUACAGCGACGCCUUCCUCCUCGCAAGGUCUACCCGAAGCCGUGUCCAGCAGCUGCUGAAUAAAUAUAAGGAGCAGCAGUUAGGAAACAAGGACUUUGAGGACAGAGGUGGGUAUUUAGAGGAGCUACCUGUGCUUUCUAUAGACUUCGACAGCUGGCUACAGCUUACGGAUUGGGAACGACUACAUGCCGCUCUGUCAGACAUCCAAACCUACAGGAAUAUGUUGGAGUGGAAGAGGAAAGGUCUGGAAACGAAUGACAAAGAUAAAGGGGUGCACUGCACUUUAUGUGAGAGCAUCAAACACAUUGAGCUGGACUUAAGGGACCUGAUGAGACAAAUCAGCAGUCAGAUGAGCCACAUUCAGGGCAGGAAAGUCACUUUUCCCGCCUCUCGGUCGCCUUCGAGCUACGCCUCUAAAACUGUGUGGGAAAGCCGAGUUGAAGGUUACAUCAUUCUGCGGGAUUUUGACCGUUACCUCACCAGGCUGGCCCGUGACUUCCUCAUUCUGGCUGUUAAAAAAUAGUAAUACUGGACAAAAACAUGAGCUUUGGUGUCAUGGUGGCCUUACAUCAUUGAAGUUGGUUUGUCAGACACAACUCAAAGGGCUUUUCUGGGUAUUUCCCACAGUUUCUGUCUUGCUAAAAUCCUACAACACAAAACAUAACAUCCUGUUUUGUUUGCAAAACCCUUAAUCCACUGGAUUUUCCAAAUAUAGAUAAUGCUAUUUAUUUGACUUAUUUAUUACCUUGACUUGUACAACGGUUGUUUUAUUUCUCUUACAGAGACACAGAGAUAGUGUUUUGCAUAUUUAUUAUUUUAUAGAGUAAACAUAUGUUUGUAUAAGGCUGUCAAUAAAAAGAUCAAACAUGUGAUGACUCCAUGUAUUAUUCUAAACACAAUUAUGUCAUUUCCUCAAAUAGUGGCCUUGACUCCUACAGACGCCUCAAUUAAUUGUGUACCCCAACAUACAACGGACUCAGUCACGAUAUACUUUUUUUUACCACCUACAGAGCACACGCGGCAUUUUUGUAAAGCUAAACUGUAUAAAGGUACUAAAAAAAGAAAAAGCAAGUAAACAUUCAAAGUGAAACCGCACUUUUUUUUAGGUAUUUUGGCCAUUAUCCACAAUCCUUUUCUGUGCAUUUUAAAUAGUAAACAACUGCUGUUACGAUGCAGGUAAUAGUGAUACGAUCUACAGAAGUGACUGAUUAAAGAACUGUGUUACUUUUCAAACUGUGUGUGAUGUUGCAGUGGCCAAAAUAUUAAACAUACCUGAUGCACAUACUAUACUUACUUAAUGAAUACUUCUACUACUUUGCUACUGUAUUUUAAUGUUGGUCAUUAUGGUGGUACUUGGAGAGACACAUUUUUUUCUGAGGUGGUACUUGGUGAAAAAAGUUUGACAACCACUGAUCUACAGUACUACGCCUAUAAGGCGCUCUAAAAAUCCCUCCAACACCAUUUUAGAUACCCGUACAUCUUUUAAGUAUGUAUGUAAUGUAGCAACAUUCAGAAUAACAUGUCAUAUUUACAGUACUUUGAUCAUUAAAAGCAUUACGAUAAUUUUUUUCCCUGGGUAAGUUCACUGAGUGCAUAGCAACAAACUCCACUUCCGUCAAUGACAAAAACAUGGCAAGCACUUUCUGUGUUUGCUACAACUAUUUGCAGACUUAAUGAGAGUCUUGGAGCGUUAUCAUGUUGCACUUAAAGCUGCAUGAUUAUUUGGUUUUAAUCCUAAUCCGCAAAAAUAAUUAUGACAUUGCUAAAUAAUAAAGAAAAUGGUUGAAAUCAAAGUACCUCUCUAUUAUGUUUUGCUCCUCCAUGUGAGGUUCCUCCUCCCUGCAAGAGCACACUUCACCCACACACUAAUAUGCGCACGCAUGCACACACACACACACACACACACACACACACACA